AUGGAUUCCUCUCCAGAGACGGGCUCGGCUGGAUUGCCAGCCCUGUACUACUUGUACCCGGCUGUCGUCUUUCUCUACUUCAACUGUUCGUCCCUCGCCUCCGUCUGUACCCUGAAGCGCUUCAAGGACGACGAUGUCACAAGGCCAGAGACCGCUAGCCGUUCAGCGGUCCUCGCCCUCCUCGCCCUCUGUGUCUUCUCUUGCGCCGCCCAGCUAACCACCUAUGCGCUGCAUGCCUUCGCUCAGAAGCAGUGGCCUCGCGAGGACCAUCUGAUUGUUGGCACCUUCUCUAGCCUGCUCAUAUUUGGCAUGCAAGCGAGCGUGCUCUCCGACCACGGCAGAACUGUCGGCCAUCCCUUUGUCGGUUCCUGGUUCUUGGCUUUGGCCUUUGAGACCGCCAUCGCCAUCCUCUCGGCGAGAGCGAUCCUCUCGAACCAUGCCUCUAGCAGGUACGACAUGACCGAGCUGAUGCUCGUAGGCUUGAGGGUAUUGACCCUUACGCUUCUCAUCGCCUCGCCACGCCUCGCACCCGGACCUAAAGCACCUGUCGAGGCAGGCGACGAGGAGCGCCAGUCGUUAUUGGCCCAGGCUGUGGACGGGGACCAGGCUCGGACGACCGGCAAAACUCAGUACGGCGCGGCGGCCGCUUCGGACCAAGCUUCGGUUUCUUCCGAAUUCGCAUGGGAACGCAUCGAAAGAGAAACCCUUGAAGCCAGGCAGAGGCGCCUGAAGCAAGGCGGCAACUGGUUCGAGUACGCAAAGGAAUUCAUGGUAAGAGCCCCCUCGCGCGUGCCCAGUGCACCGCGCCACAUUCGCCCGAGUUCCAAGUUGACCCCUUCCUUACAGCUCUUCUUUCCGUACAUCUGGCCUGUCGGCAACCGAUCCCUCCAGCUUCACGCAGCAGGCGUUGUUCUCUGUAUUUUUGCAUCUAAUGCGCUUCAUCUCCUCAUCCCUCGACAGACCGGCAUCAUCAUGGACAGCUUGAGCGGCACAAACUCAACCAGUCCGUGGAUCGCAGUCAUCGUAUUUGCCGCUUUGCGCCUGGCCGCGUCCGAGACGGGCAUCGAGCUCCUCCGCCAGAGGCUCUGGAUUCCAGUGAAGUACUAUUCCCGCGAUUCCAUCAGCCGGGCGGCAUAUUCUCACAUAAUGCACCUUUCUGCCGACUUUCACGACUCGAAAAGUUCAUCCGACAUGAUGUCGGCCAUCUUCGGCGGAACUGCCCUCUCCAGUGUUGUCGAAAAUAUCCUGCUUCAGGCGGCGCCCAUGCUCAUCGACAUGUGUGUAGCCAUUGUGUAUCUGUCAGUCACGUUUGGCCCGUACGAAGGUCUCAUAACCGUCGUUACCGGAGCAACCUUCUUUCUCAUGGCCAGUCGUUUUGUGGCCAUCUCGAAAGCUGGCUGCCGCAAGCGAAUCCACGCUUUGUACCAGGAGAGUAACGUUAGACACGCCGGAUUGCUCGGCUGGCAAACUGUCAGCGCCUUCAAUCAGAUUGGCUACGAGGACAAUCGGCACGCGAACUCGGUGACAAAUCGCUGGCUGCACGAGAAGCAGUACGCCAUCAGCCGGCAUAUGUCUGUCGCCUUCCAAACCAUGGUUCUCACUUGCGGCUUGCUCGUGAGCGCUUUCUUGGCAGUGUCCAGAAUCCAAACGGGCAAGGCAACGUCUGGACAGUUUGCCAUGCUGCUCAUGUACUGGGCCCAGCUCACCUCGCCACUUCAAUUCUUUGCCCGGCUGGCUGAAGAUGUGAGUGACGAGUUCAUUGACGCAGAGACAUUGCUCCAUGUUAUGCAGACGAAGCCAACGGUUGAAAACAAAAAAGGGGCACGUCCGCUGAAGUUCGUUGCCGGAAACGUCGAUUUCCAGCGAGUUUCCUUCAGCUACAAUGGCCAAAAGGAAACCAUCAAGAACAUCAGCUUGAACGUCGCCCCAGGUGAGAAGGUGGCUUUUGUGGGCUCCACAGGAGCCGGCAAGUCGACGAUGCUCAGGCUUCUCGGCCGCUUCUACGACCUCGCGCUGACACCGCCCCGUAGCCUCCGAGAUCGUAUCGGCAUUGUCCCCCAGAAUCCCAUCUUGUUCGAUGACACCAUCAUGAACAACGUCCGGUAUGGCCGAAUAACGGCCAGUGACGAAGAAGUGUUUGAAGCUUGCAAGGCAGCCUGUAUUCAUGACAAGAUCAAAGACUUCACGAAUGGAUACGAUGCACGAGUUGGAGAGCGGGGCGUAAAACUUUCCGGCGGCGAACUCCAGCGAGUCGCCAUCGCCAGGGCUAUUUUGAAGAAGCCGGACAUUGUUCUCCUCGACGAGGCGACGAGCGCGGUGGACACUGAUACUGAGCAGAAUAUCCAGAAAUCUUUCGGGAGUCUCUGUCGAGGACGCACGACGUUCAUCGUGGCGCACCGGCUGUCGACGAUCAUGAAUGCCGACCGAAUUGUAGUUGUGGAACACGGCGAGCUGAUCGAGCAGGGUAGCCAUCAGGAACUUGUUGCCGCUGGUGGCCGCUACGCAGACUUGUGGUCGAAGCAAGUUUUCCUGCAACCCCACGGAAAGGCAAAUGAUGUUGCUAAAUUCAUCGACGACCGACCGGACCCGGCGGCGGAUGCUUCUGCCUCAGCGCCGACCACUGUUGGGCAGGGCAAGGGUGAGGCAGGUGGUGGUGAUGGUGGUGAGAUGGUUCGUACCGAGAUGGGGCAGGCUCGCGAAGAGUGCAAAGCGCCCCAGCAGCGGGCGAGGGAGGGGUACAAGUUGAAUCCGGUUGCGCCCGAAUUUACGCCUCGGGAACUAUCCAAGUCUGCUUCUGAAGGCCACAAUUCGCUGCCGGGUGCCGUCGGCACCUCUGACAACGUUGGUGACGUCGCCGUCGCCGCCAGCCUGCCUGCCAGCCAGCAAUGGUCAGACGACGUCACAGGUGUUGAACCAGGAGAGGGCCCAGAUUCCAAGCGGAAUAUCGCGUCACCCGGAAACGAGGGAACUCGAGUGAAGAUGAUGACGCCGGUCGGAGAAGCAGCAGAGCACGGGCAGGUCGACUUGUCAGACAACGACGGCAUUGGUCCUCUGACGAAGAAGACGCAUGCGACGAACAAGUCUGCAGGGGACUGUGGCGACGCAUCUUCCGAUGCCUAG